GCUUGAUUUCACGUUGCCCGCUUACGGCCAUAUUGGAUUUCGUAAAGGUCAAUACGAGGCUGAACUUACGAAUUUAUUUGUAGUGUGCUUGUGGAGAGGAAAGAGAGGGCUUGGAAAGUGAACAAAAUCAUGUUUAAAAAAUUUCUUGCUAAAGAUGAUGUUACUGGAGUCACACAAUUAAAGGGAUCAGUUCAAAGAGGACUCAGAACAAAACUUGUUGAACGGUAUCCACCACUGGAAAAAUGGAUAAAUGAAAUUGCACCAAAAAAGGAAAGCAUUGUUCUCAUCAAAUGUCAUGAACACAUAGAAAUCAUUGCAGUCAAGUCAGAGCUGUUAUUUUUUCGACAAAGAGAUGGCCCAUGGAUUCCAUCCUUGAGACUUAUCCACAAAUAUCCAUUUUUGCUGCCCAUUCAGCAAGUCGAUAAAGGAGCAAUCAAGUUUGUACUUAGUGGAGCCAAUAUAAUGUGCCCUGGUCUUACUUCACCAGGAGCCAAAUUGAAUCCAGCUGAAGCAAAUGAAAUUGUGGCCAUCACAGCAGAGGGAAAGGAACAUGCUUUAUGCAUUGGAUGUACCAAGAUGUCAUCUGAAAAUAUCUUGGCAAAAAACAAAGGAAUAGGGGUCGAAAAUAUCCACUAUCUCAAUGAUGGACUCUGGGUAAUGAAGCAAUUGGAUAGGUGAUAGCAAACAAUGAUUUAGUUUAAUGUCAGUUCUUAUUUACAACUUGUGAUUCCUUUUCUGCCUUU